GAAGACUGGAGAUUUCUUUCUUUCUUUCAUUCCUUUCCUCCUGCGAGUGCGAGUGCGAUCCGGGGCAAGGCAAAUCCGAUUCCGAGCUCAGAGGCAUCAGGCGUCGAGUUCGUCGAUCGAUCGCUGCAGAGAAGCAGAGAGAGAUCGAGAGAGAUGUGGGUGGAGAUUCUGUGCGGGCUGUUGGCGUACAAGAUCAUCCGCCGCGUCUUCUUCGCCGACUCCGACGACCCCGCGCACCUCGCCGACCUCGAUUCCGCCCACUCCGACCUCUGCUUCGCCCUCGCCUCCAGGCUCGAGAAGCUCUACUCCGCCCGCUGCUUCGUCGGCCUCCGCAUCCCCGACCCCGACGCCGGCGAGCGCCAGCAUGUCGACCUCGUCCUCCUUACCAACAGGGAGGUCAUGGUAGUGGCUAUCCACAACAUUUCUGGUUUUGUUGAGGUCGAUAAGGAUGGCAACUGGACUUGCCCCAGUGAUAAGAAGAACAAGCAUGGUGUUAUCCCAAACCCGGUACUGCAAGUCAAUAGACUGGCUGCCAAUCUUCAAUCGUACUUGGAGAAGAGGGGAGCAAAACUGCCUGAUGGUCAUAUAACUGGAAAGAUUGUACUGCCAAAUCCCAACUGCAGGCCUUCCUAUGCCAUCACUCUUCAACCAGAAGUUAUCUUGUACGAUCAAUGGAAAGAUCUUAAAGCAGAUUCCAAAGGUGGACUUUCAACAUGGAUUAAAGGUGCAUUCAGUGGAAGCAAAGGUGACAUGCAAGAUUCGUUACUCCAAAAUCUACAUUUCAUUCUCAGCACGUCGCCUAUGUGGGACAGGUUGGAACUCAAAGGGGACAGGAAUAUUCUUGGUGAAUUCAUUGAAUUCAAAGGCAGGCACGAUGAUAUUCAGGCCUUGAAAUGUCUGAAGAGAUCAAAAGUUUGCCGAUUCAUAGUCCAGAAAUCAACUCUGUUUGGAGGUUUUGGUCGGUCAAGAGUGCAAAUAUUGUAUUCACCACGAGAUUAUCGUGCUGAAGGAACUUCAUCCUCUGAAUGGAAAGAGAUAUCAGUGAAACAAUAUACAGAAAUUCUUUUUCAGCCAUUGCACUCGAAAAAAGUUAAGAAGUUCAAGCUGUCAAGUGUUGCUUCUGUGACACUGAGUGCCUAGUGAGUUGAAAUUUUAUCCACGGGGUACUUCCUGUUGCAGUAGUAUAUAGAGUACCUUCCUGGCUUCUGUAUGUGCUCCUCAGUUAAAGUUUGUCUUGUUGUUUCUGUACACCAACCUGUACUUACUUUAAGAUGUCAGUUAGCAUGAAAUUAGAAAAAAAUGAAUGAUUUGAAUAUGCCUCUUAAUCGUUGAUAUUUAGUUUCAUAUC